GUAGUUUUCAUCGCACUGGCUCACAAUGGCAGGAAGGUGGAGUUUGAAGGCUAACGAGAGGAGCAGGCUGUGUGGAAAUAGCCCACGUCUUCAGCAGGCGGAGGUCUGCACAGGGAGGGUUGCUUCAGUCUGCAAUCACACAGACUGGAAAAUGUAACUUUUGGAUUGAAUGGACACUGCUGAACACCCUGGGUCUUUGUACAGAUUUAUUUCUUGAUUGAAUAGUUUGCGUUUUCUGAGGCUGAGGUCUCCGGGUCUUGUGAUUUACAGCCUGCAGUUGGAGACUGCUGUCACUGUAGACUUGGAUUGCUCACCAUGGCAAAGUGGUUCAAGGACUUCCAGCUGAGCCUGAAGACCCGACCCAAACCAGAGGGCACCGGGGCAGAUUCUGAGGGGGCAAACCGGAAUCGGCGUGCCACCCAGGGCGAGGUGACCCCGCGGGGAGUUGGCAGAGAGAUGAAAGGAGCGGCCGAGAGAGGGCACGGAGAGUCGGGGCUGGGCAAACUCGGUAAAGCGGUAAGUGCUGGCAUACAGGGAAAAUCUGCUGGCCUACAACGGAAGCCGGUUGGCACCACCCUGUUACGAGGGAAAACCGAGGCAAAUAAAGCCCCUGCCCAGGGGAGAAAUGCCACAGGACUGAUUAAAAAAGAAUUAACUAUAAAGAAGGAUAACGCAAAACCGAUCAAAGGAUCCGGGGAGAACGGGAAGAGUGUUCCUGGAAAAAACAUCAAGAACUCCCCUGUGGAUCCUGGGAGCGGUGACGAAGUUGGCAAACCCACGUUAAAACGGGGACAGAAUGCCAGCAAGCCGGGACAAAGCUUUUCUGGGAAGCUCAGUUUAAACGCAGGGAAAAUUACAGGGAAGAGCCCAGCCAAAACCGAAAUGAAAACUGAUCCUAUAACUGUGAAAACAGACCCGAAAUCUGUAAAGGCUGACUUGAAAGUGGGGAAAACUGAGGCAAAAGGCGGGAGACCAGAUCUGAAACUAAAGAAGUCAGAUUUGAAAGCCGGGAAGCCAGAGACAAAAACUGCAAAGAUCCCGGAUCCGAAAACUUCAAAACCUGACCCGAAACUGAGCAAAACUACAGGCCAAAAUCCUGGGAAAACUGGACUGAAUCUUGGAAAAAUAACAGGGACCAACCCUGGGAAAAACGGAUUGAAACCUGGGAAAACAGGACAAAGCCUAGGGAAGACUGGGCUGAAUCUCGGAAAAAUAACGGGGACAAAACCCGGAAAAUCAGCACAAAGCCCUGGGAAGCUCUCAGGAUCGAACUACCUGUCAUCUAAACACAGACUGAUCAAAGUGGAAAACCAGGAGAAAAAUGGGAAGAAUCUUCUGAACCAGAUGCAGAGCGUGAAAAAAGAAGAGGAAAGUGGGAAGCCUGUGCAAGACACGAUCAUCAUUGUGGAAGACUAUGCAGACCCCUAUGACGCCAAGAAACGGGAGACAGGGCAGAACGAGGCGGAGCGGGAGGGGGAAAAUGAUGGCUACAUGGAGCCGUACGACGCACAGCAAAUGAUCACAGAAAUCCGAAGGCGAGGCUCGAAGGAUCCACUCGGGAAACAAUCCCUGUACGAUAGUCCCUACGAGCCAGGGGAAUUGGGACCAAAGACGGAAGCCCUUGGGAAUACCGCGUUGGAAAGGACGGGAAGUCAGUGGCCAAUUGACAGCUGCCUGCCGGAGAAUGACGAGCGGCCUGCGGCAGAGUACGAGCAGCCCUGGGAGUGGAAAGCAGAACAAAUCGCCAAAGCACUUGCAGUCCAGUUUGACUCGGCAGAAAGAGCUUCUCCACCGAAAGAGGAAAGAGUCAAGCAUCACAACAGGCAGCCGAGCUGGACUCAGAAGGUCCCCAAGCAGCAGAGCACAGAGAGCAGUGAGACGGGAGAGAAGGUGGAUCCGACCAUUCCUCUCGAAAAACAAGUCUGGUAUCAUGGUCCCAUCACCCGGCUGGAAGCAGAAUUGCGUCUGCAGGCCUGUAAGGAGGCCAGUUACUUGGUACGAAACAGUGAGUCAGGAAACAGCAAGUAUUCACUUGCCUUAAAGACGAGCCAGGGAUGCGUGCACAUCAUCUUGGCCCAGACCAAAGACAAUAAAUACACGCUGAAUCAGAACAGUGCCCUCUUCAACAGUAUCCCAGAGGUAGUCCUGUACUAUGGCACUGAGAAGCUUCCGUUCAAGGACGCGGAGCACAUGUCUCUCCUUUACCCUGUACAAAACAAGCAGCAGUAACUCGUGAAGACAGGCUGGCGAUGAGGGAACACUCCAUCUGUAAGACUAUCAGUGUCCUCCCAACCAUCUCCAACUGGCAGAGAGAGAGAGAGAGGGGUGAAGCAAGGGGGGAGGAGUAAGUACUGCACAACACAGUUAAUAUGUAUGACAGAGAGCUUCCAAUAUCAAGAACAGGUACCGGCUGAGAAACAUCAGUUACAUGAAUCACAUGCAGUAGAGGCAAGUGUCUCAAAGGAUAUCUGUAGAACUAAUCUUCGACCGCAGUGAUGUGGAAAUUGAUCGCAAGCCCAGUGAGUAUCAGUUAAACUGAGACAGGUGCGCCUGAAAAGAGAAAGUGGACACGUGGGGUCCAGGCUGUUUCACCACGGGCCCUGCCUUUAUACCAAGCCCAAAGGGAUGGGUUGACGAUCUGCCAUUUUCAGUUACCUGGAUGUGAAGUGGAUCUACAGUGUCAUCAGAUACAUCACUUUGGUCUGCAGACAGCAGACUCGUUUGGCGGCUGCGUCGAGGACUACAGUCCAGUCGCACAAAUACAAACGGCAAUUAGACACAGGCUCUCGAAACACUAUAGAACACAUUUCACUCCACCUGUGAAAUCUUUACUGGGCACAGAGGAAGCUGUUGUUCAGGGGACUUCAGAAUAUUUGAUGUGACAGCAUAGAGCACCCUUACCGUUGUACAGUAUCUAACCUGCUGUAUCUAUGAUCAAUGUCCAACAUGUGCUGAACCUGCCAUGGGAGUUAGUGAUGGGACCGUGUAAUGGGAGCUUUGCAAACACAAGUGAUGCUGCAGCUGCUGAGUAGUACAUGCAAAAUGCUGAAGGAAUUCAGCAGGUCAGGCAGCAACUAUAGAGAGGAAUAAAGAGACAAGGUUUCAGGCCAAGACCCUUUAUCAGGAUGUUAUGGCAACUGUUUAACCUACUCCAAGAUCAAUCUAAUCCUUCCCUUCUACCCCACCCUCCACUUUUCCUUCUCCCACAUGCCUAUCUUAAAUGCCCCUAAUACAUCUGCCUCUGCCACCAGCCCUGGCAGCGUGUGCUGUGCACCCACUGCCCUACACAGCUGCAUUUUUUGUAUCAACUGCAAAAUGGUGCUGAUGAAGGGACCUUCGUCUCGGCCCAGAAUGUCGACUUCUUUAUUCCUCUUCAUUAACACUGCCUGAGCUGCUGAGUUCCUCCGGCAGAAGGAGGAGACCCUGUUCACGCCAUCUCUCUCCUGGAGGGAGCAGCAUAGAGGGAACCUUAUUAUGUCUGACCUGUGUUGUCACUGAGAUGGGACAGUAAAGAGUGAGCUUUACACUGUGCCGAACCCCGGGAGUGUGAGAUGGGACAGUAAAGAGUGAGCUUUACACUGUGCCGAACCCCGGGAGUGUGAGAUGGGACAGUAAAGAGUGAGCUUUACUCUGUGCCGAACCCCGGGAGUGUGAGAUGGGACAGUAAAGAGUGAGCUUUACACUGUGCCGAACCCCGGGAGUGUGAGAUGGGACAGUAAAGAGUGAGCUUUACACUGGGCCGAACCCCGGGAGUGUGAGAUGGGACAGUAAAGAGUGAGCUUUACACUGGGCCGAACCCCGGGAGUGUGAGAUGGGACAGUAAAGAGUGAGCUUUACACUGUGCCGAACCCCGGGAGUGUGAGAUGGGACAGUAAAGAGUGAGCUUUACUCUGUGCUGAACCCCGGGAGUGUGAGAUGGGACAGUAAAGAGUGAGCUUUACACUGGGCCGAAACCCAGGAGUGUGAGAUGGGACAGUAAAGAGUGAGCUUUACACUGUGCCGAACCCCGGGAGUGUGAGAUGGGACAGUAAAGAGUGAACUUUACACUGUGCUGAACCCCGGGAGUGUGAGAUGGGACAGUAAAGAGUGAGCUUUACUCUGUGCCGAACCCCGGGAGUGUGAGAUGGGACAGUAAAGAGUGAGCUUUACACUGGGCCGAACCCCGGGAGUGUGAGAUGGGACAGUAAAGAGUGAGCUUUACACUGGGCCGAAACCCGGGAGUGUGAGAUGGGACAGUAAAGAGUGAGCUUUACUCUGUGCCGAACCCCGGGAGUGUGAGAUGGGACAGUAAAGAGUGAGCCUUACUCUGGGCCGAACCCCGGGAGUGUGAGAUGGGACAGUAAAGAGUGAGCCUUACUCUGGGCCGAACCCCGGGAGUGUGAGAUGGGACAGUAAAGAGUGAGCUUUACUCUGUGCCGAACCCCGGGAGUGUGAGAUGGGACAGUAAAGAGUGAGCUUUACACUGGGCCGAAACCCGGGAGUGUGAGAUGGGACAGUAAAGAGUGAGCUUUACACUGGGCCGAACCCCGGGAGUGUGAGAUGGGACAGUAAAGAGUGAGCUUUACUCUGUGCCGAACCCCGGGAGUGUGAGAUGGGACAGUAAAGAGUGAACUUUACACUGGGCCGAAACCCGGGAGUGUGAGAUGGGACAGUAAAGAGUGAGCUUUACUCUGUGCCGAACCCCGGGAGUGUGAGAUGGGAUGGCAUAAAUGGAAUUUUAUACCAUCUCUAACCCAUGCACACCAAACCAUGGGAAUGUUUUAAAAACAAGAGAUUCUGCAGAUGCUGGAAAUCCAGAGUAAUACACACAAAAAUCUGGAGAGAUCUCAGCAGGUCAGGCAGCAUCUAUGGAAAUGAAUAAACAGUCAAUGUUUUCAACUGAGACCUUUCAUCAGGACAUGCGAAUGUUCCAAUUAGAACGAGGUAAAAAAAGCUUCCUUUACAUAAUCACGUCACAUACUAAUUUGUGCAGGGAAUGCUCUAACGUUCACCAGGAAGGAUUCUCAAUCCUCAGAAAAUAACCCUCAGGUUAUAGAGCAAAGGAAAUUACUCUUCACAGUGGUUGCUGCAUUUCACCGUACAAAUUGUUUUGAAGAAUUUAAAUCAACACACACACACAAGAUGCUGGAGGAACUCAGCAGGCCAGGCAGCAUCUAUGGAAAUGAAUAAACAGUCGACAUUCCAGGCUGAGAACUUUCAUCAGGAAGAAUUUACCAUUGCAAAAGGCUUGCUGAAGCACAUGCACUGUCUUGUUCCUGAUUUGUUUUGGUCUCACUUGUAAAACAGUCCUCGUGUUUUUGUUGGUAAAGACAAUUAUCUGAUCUGUGUACAGAAUCAGAAUUAAUAGGUCGUGAAAUUUACAGUUUUGCGGCAGCAGUACAUUGCAAUACAUAAGAAUAAAAAUUGUAAAUUACAGUAAUUCUAUAUAUAAAAACUUAAAUUAAAAUUAGUGCAAAAGAGACAAAAAAAGUAGUGAAGGAGUGUUCAUGGGUUCACUGUCCAUUCAGAAACCGGAUAGCAGAGGGGAAGAAGCUGUUCCUGAAUCACUGAGUGUGUGUCUUCAAACUUCUGUACCUCCUCACUGAUGGUAACAAUGAGAUGAGGACAUGUCCUGGGCAGUGGGGGUCCUUAAUGAUGGAUGCUGCCUUUUUGAGGCAUCGCUCCUUGAAGAUGUCCUGGAUGCUGGGGAGGCAAGUGCCCGUGAUGGAGCUGACCGAGUUUGCAGUUCACACCUUUUGCUGGUGGAACAUGACUGUGGGCAGUAACAGAUGGUGAGGUGUCUUUAUUGAAUUGUAUUCUGUGAUAAGCGGUGAUAAUGGGAUUUUUUUCACUGCUUGAAGAAACUGUUAUAUCCUGUUCCUGCAAUAUGCCUCAAUUAAAAACACUUGAUGAAAUGAGAAACUUGUAAUCCUGUUGUACCCGCGAGAUAGGGGCCGUUGUUUGAUUUUGUCAUCGUCUGCCCCACAGAACCGAGUAUCUUCUGAAUCCACUACAUUCAUAAUCUGAGAAUGGAGCCGGAUGCAGAGGCCUCCGGGAGGGGGCGGAA